AAUAGUGCAUUGAGAAAAAUAUGAAAACAUAUCCCAACUCUAUUCUAAAUCUUCUGAACACUGAAGGCAAGUUAUAAAAUUAGUAUUAAAUAAAGCUGUAUUUCAUUUAGGGAAAGGAAACUGACUUCUCAGCUUGGCACUGGGGCUUUCAGCUUUCUUCCAGCUACUGAGAGCUAUCAGGAAGAAAAAAUAACUGGUCGCUCAGGAAGGGUAAGGAAAGUGUUGAUGAGCCAAGCCGCCAUUUUGUGAUCAAUCAUUUCACUGAUUGCAGUGCCCACAGGGAUCUGGGUGCUGCAGGGCUUUGCUUAAACAGCUGCUGAGGAACAGCAACCCUGGAGAUUGAUUUUGGCUUCAGUUGCUAAUGCAGUCAGUAAGUCCCAGUCAGUCAGUCAGUCAGUGCCAGCCAGUCAGUGGGUCAGUCUGUGGGUCAGUCAGUCCAUGGGUAAGUCGGUCAGGGCGGGAAAGGCUGCCAGAUGUUGGCAAGGGUGGGGCCAACUCCCCCCUUGGAAAGGGCGGGAAAAGUCCUCGGUCAGUCAGGAAAAGCCGUUCUUCAACGCAAGCUCUGCAGCACAUGUCUGCUUUCCCUGAACAGCUACCCCUACAGUUUCUCUUUAUGUCCCAAAAUAGCCUUCUCUAAUCUGGCAGUCUCUUUAAAACAGCUCCAACCCUUCCAGGGAGGCUGGGUGCGCAGUGCCCGCCAUGGAGGAGCGCGGUGCUGAGGCGCUGGUUGGGCACGAGGAUGGCUCCGAGGAAACCAGAGCGUCGGCUCGUGGCAGCCACGUCCCUAGUUCUGAAGUUCUUGAAGCAAUAGAAAAUGUUAUUCUAGAUGUGCUUAAAAGUUUGGCCAAAAAUCAAGCACCUGUUCUCACACUGGCUAAUAGAUCAGAUUGGAGGAAUGUAGAAUUUAAAGAUUCUGUAGGUCUGCAAAUGAUACCACAUUCUACCACAAAACAAAUCAGAAGCGACUGCCCUGCAACAGCACCAAAGUUUGCUAUGAUGCUCAAAAUAUUAUCUAUGAUCUAUAAGAUGGUGCAGAGCAAUUCGUAUGCAACUAAAAGAGAUAUAUACUACUCGGAUACACUCCUGUUUGGUAGCCAGAGAGUUGUGGAUGAUUUAAUCAACGAAAUCUCUUGCAUGCUUCAGAUACCUCGAAGAAGUCUGCAUAUUCUGUCUACGACUAAAGGUUUUGUUGCCGGUAACUUAAGUUAUACUGAGGAAGAUGGUACAAAAGUGAAUUGUACCAGUGGUGCAACAGCAGUUACCGUGCCAUCUAAUGUUCAAGGAAUUAAAAAUCUGUACUCACAUGCCAAAUUUAUAUUAAUUGUAGAAAAAGAUGCAACUUUUCAGAGACUCCUGGAUGAUGAGUUCUGCAUUAAAUUGGCCCCAUGCAUAAUGAUUACGGGAAGAGGUAUACCAGAUCUUAAUACACGACUUCUGGUCAGAAAGCUCUGGGAUACAUUUCAAAUUCCUAUUUUCACCCUUGUGGAUGCAGAUCCACACGGUGUGGAAAUAAUGUGUAUCUACAAAUAUGGAUCUGUGUCAAUGUCUUUUGAGGCUCACCAGCUCACCGUUCCAUGCAUAAAGUGGCUUGGUCUCCUUCCAUCUGAUAUCAAGAGAUUAAACAUACGGGAAGAUAUCCUGAUUCCAUUUACAAAGCAAGAUCAAAACAAGUUAACAAGUCUACAAAAGAGACCUUACAUUGCUUGUCAGCCAGCGUGGAAAGAAGAACUGGAAAUUAUGGCAGCGUCUAAAAUGAAGGCUGAAAUCCAAGUUCUAACUUCUCUUUCAUCAGAUUAUCUUUCCAGAGUGUAUUUACCAAACAAAUUGCAAUUUUGUGGAUGGAUAUGA